AUGGCAACAGCUCUCCCCUUACAUGCGGCCCGUCACGAUAUUUGGCGCGCGAACAAAGCUAACACGUCGAACCGCAGGCGUGGCUUUGGCCGUCAAAGCAACAAGACACAACAAAACAAGGCCAACACCCCUUCACCGACCAUGCAGACUUCCGCAAACUUGACCCCUGCUUCCUCGCAGCAGAUGCCUCUGUCACCAGGCCUCUCGGCCACAGCGAUGUCCUUUGAGAGUAGAGAACCAAGCGUCGACACCCUUAGCAACCAGCGACCACCAUUCUUCUUCCGCGAGCAAUACGCCAACCUGAUUGUCAAAGGCAACUUCAUGACUCUGGCAGCAAAGCCCGUCCUCGUCGAAGAGGGUGAAUGGUUGGCACAUCAGAUCGUCGAACAGAACCGCCUACUCGACGGCAUGCUCAAGAUCAUCCAAGAAGCCGACCGCAACACUGGCGUCCCAAUCUGCAACCAGCAGACCUGCCCAGCCAUGAGCGCCGGCGCCAUGACCUACACCUGGCUCGAUGCCAAACGCGAAAGCGUCAGAGUCCCGGCUCCCCAAUACAUCUCCUACGUGCAGAAAUGGAUUGCCGGUAAAAUCACAGACCCUAGCAUCUUCCCAACCGACAACCUCAUCAGCGCCCCCCCCUCACUUUCCGCCUCAGACCCGAACAACUGGCUGGGCAGAGCCUCAGGCUUCCCUCCACCAUUCGCAAGCGACAUUCGCAACAUUUACCGCCAAAUGCUGCGUUGCUACGCUCACAUCUACCACGCCCACUGGCUCGAGUUCUGGCACCUAGGUGCCUACAAGGAGCUCAACACUUGCUUCAUCCACUUUGUAAACGUGGGAAGACUGUUUGGACUCUUGGGUGACAAGGAGUUGGAGCCCAUGGCCCCUCUCCUCGACAUUUGGCUCGAGAAGGGCUGGAUGGCCCCUCGUCCCACCAGCUCGAGCGGUCUGAGCACAAAGUCGGCCAAUCCACCUCAACAGCAGCAGCAGCAGCAGCAGUCCAUGUCAACCUAG